UAUGACAUAAAUUGUCAAUACAACAAGCAUCUCCAACAGCAGAUUGAUGACUCGCCAUAUCUCAACCUUUCAUGGGGUAUGGAGGUUAUCCCUGGCAUUGGGCUCUGGCAUGUCCAUGGACAUCAAGACAAAUGCUAUGUAUGGUAUGCAUCAAACUUCAUGACCAGUGCUGCCAGGAUUGACAGUGAAAUCAUGGAGACCCUGUGGGCACCCUUGCAC